CUGUCUUAAAGCAAUAAUGGCAUUCAUUACCGUUGCAGAAACACUCCGCCUCCCUAUACCAAAGGUGCUAACUGGUAGCUGCCAUCGUCUCCUCGGAAUCUGAUCAAACGCGCUGAAUCGUUUUUCGCUUCUCCUCAAGACCGUGGUUUCCAAUAUUGAUGCCGAAACGAAGAUCACCUCGGCUCAGCAUGAUUUUUCCCUCCUUCACAUAAACCCCCAAACGGCGAGCUAUCCUCCCCCUCCCGCUCCACCAUGUACCUCUAUCGACCACAUCGCAGCCAAGGUUUUCCUUGCAAAAUCUGCACCUUCAAAUCCCGCGAACGCACCUUCAAGUCCCAAACAGACCUCGAAGAGCACUACCGCGGCUCGCCGAACCACCCAAACUGUUCGAUAUGUGGUCGAGGAUUCCGAGACCAGGUCCUAUGUGAUACUCACCAUGAUGACGCCCACCCCCGCGUCGUAUGCUCCAUCUGCAAGAUCACACUGUACGAACACAAGCUCCCCCAGCACUUCAAGGACUCCCCUCGCCACCCGACCUGUGAUUUCUGUCCUGAUGCCCCGGGUUUCGAGAACGACGCGGCAUUCGCUUUACAUUGCGAAGCUAUGCACACUGAAUUCUAUUGUGUCAAGUGCCGCCGCGUAUUUGACAACAUCGAAGGACAUUACUUGAAUUCGGUUGUACACCCAACGUGUGAGCGGUGCGAGGAGCCUGUGGGUUUCGUUGGGGAAAAGGAAUACACCGAGCAUGUCAAGACCACGCAUCUCCGUGUAUUGAAACCUGCGUUGAAAUUUACAGCCUCUCCUACGCAUCUUUCGUAUCCUGACACGAACGAGCAAGACGAGAUCAACGAGGCGAUGGUCCGCAAGCUCGUCGACUCAGAGGAAUUACCCCCCACUGUGCGGCCCCAAUUCGUAUUCAACCCCUUCGAUGACGACUACAAGAAUGCAUUCUCGGAUCCACAUAGAUCUCAUAACAAUCUGAUCAGCAGCAGAGACGCGCCGUCGCUCCUGGGAUGUCAGCCUCCUAGCAGGAACCUAUCCGUUCACUGCCGCUCUUGCCUAGCAAAUCCGUGCCACGAGACGACCGCAACUACUUGCGGACACAUCUUCUGCAAGAGAUGCAUAACCGAGAACAUAGCAUCAACGUCACGCUGCCCAGUAUGUGGCGAAAUGACUCUGUUGUAUAUGUUGUUUAAAUUGUAUCUCGACUAAUAUGGAUGUCCUUUAGAAAAGAUGUAGUAUAAACAGCGCCUUCUUGUCUCGACCUAUACAAUGAACACUUUUGAACUUUCUUGUCCCAGAUGUAAGGAAGA